AGAGAAGAAGAAGAAGAAGAAGAAGUAGUUUGUCGCUGUGGUUUCUGGUCUGGAAGAAGAUGCCGGUUGGAGAAUAACUGCAGUGUCGGAUUCACCUGCGGAAGUGAAGCUGAGCGGCUUGAGUUCAACUCUGCUGAGGGUCCGUCAGUCAGCCCCGGUGACCCCAGGUGACCCCCUGACCCCAGGUGACCCCCGGUGACCCCCUGACCCCAGGCUGUCUGGUGUCCUCCAGGCGGGGGUCUGAUUGACAGAUGCCUUCAUCAUGAUGCUGAGUUGCAGCGCCCUGGUCCUUGUCCUCCUGCUGUCCCAGGCCAGGAGCUUCCUGGGCCCCUCGGAGGACGACGACGACGACGGCGGCGUCCCCGAAGACUGGGUUCUCCUGCAUGUGGUCCAGGGCCACAUCGGGGCAGGGAACUACAGCUACCUGCGCCUCAACCACGACGGCAGAAUCAUCCUGCACAUGCGAAGCCUCAAGGGGGAUGCGGACCUCUAUGUGUCGGACAGAACCCUGCAGCCGAGCUUCGACACCUACAAGCUGCAGUCGGUCACCUGCGGCCGGGACGUGGUAGUGGUCCCGGGGGACUUUGUGAGGCCCGUGGGCAUCGGGAUCUACGGCCACCCGUCUCACCGGGAGAGCGAAUUUGAGAUGCGGGUGUUCUACGAUCAGACGGUGCCUCAGAACCCGUUUGACUCGGGCUUGUACGCAUCGAAGGACGGACGCGAGCCGAAGCAAUCCGCUCAGGCCGAGGAGAAAGAGGCGUCGAUCUUCUGGACAAUUCUGAUUGGACUUCUGAAGAUUGUACUGGAGAUUCUGUUUUGAAAAACGUCUUUCUUUCCUCUGCUGCAGCUGCGACUGAAGGAAAAGACUCUGCUCUUGACAACUGUCCCACCAGACUUCAGGGAGAAAUCUUAGCGGCUCUUUAGUUUGGCGUGAUUGAGAGGGGUUCAUUAUUAUUAUUAUUUUUAAUCAAACACUCACAUGCACUUAUGUAAACUGACAGACUUCGUGUACGAGAUGAGGAGAGAAUCGCAGCUGAGCGAGCGGCGAGGUUUAAACGUAGUUUGGAUGAAACGCGUGUUGAUACUUUGACGCCGGUUAACACGAUCUGUGUCCGACGGUCCGGUUCUGGAUAAAGAAAAACGCUCAGACCACAUCCGGAGGUCGAAUUUGAACAUUCGCUGUUCACGGGGCUGAUGAUGUAGUUCAGACGAUCUAAAUCAUGACCAGCCGAUCGUCAGUCGCUGCGUGACUUUGACCGUCGGUUAGUCCGUUUCCGACAAGGGCUUUUGAGACGUUUGUUUGAAAAACCGUCUUCGAUCGUAACAUAGACCUGUAGCUGAAACUAACGAUUAUCUUCUCGAUUAAUCGAUUAGUUGUUUGGUUCAUAAAAUGUCGAUCGUGUUUCCCCAAAACCCAGAGACAAUGUUUUGUUUUGUCCACACACCAAAGAUAUUCAGGUCAGUGUCACAGAAGAGCAAAGAAACCAGAAGAUAUUCACAUUUAAGGAUCUAUUUUUUAGAAUAGCUGGCGAUUCAUUUUGCCGUUGAUCACUUAUCGAUUACCCGUUGUAGCUCUUGCUGAAUCACUUCCUGAUAUUACUUUGGUAGAAAAUAUUUCUCAGAUUCUUUCUCGGUUUCCUCGUUGACCCAUCAUGGGACAAAACAAUGCUGCGCUCCAUUGUAAUAUAAUUUUGAUUACUAAUCGAUAAAUGUAGCAGCUCUCGCUGAAUCACUAACCGAUAUUUUCCAUCUUAUUUCGGUAGAAAAUAUUUCUCAGGGUUUCCUUGUUGAGCCGUGACGGGACAAACUACUGAUACCUACUGAGGGUCAAUCGUGUGAAAUAAACCUCCACACGAGAACCAGGAUGAAGCUUCAUCACCUCAAACUGCUGAAGCCUUAUUAUUUUUUCAAAAUCAUUAAAAAGAAGACGAUCAUGUUUCCCACUUGUCUUUUACAUUUUACUUCCGAGCAGGAAGUAAGACGUGUUAGCGUUGUGUCACUUGAACAGAAAGGCCUUCGAGCUCGUCGCUGAUCUGAGCAAUUUUGCAGACGGUGACGACGCCUGUCACCUGUGAACGAAUGAAGCCGCUUGUCUUAACUCUGAAUAUCUGACGUCACACGAGGACGCGUGUGGUGUUUGAAUAUCAAAAACACGUAGCAAUACCGUCGUCGUGAGACGCGUCAGGAUUAUCGGUUGUGGUUUCAGCUGCUGAGGUGAGAAGCUCUGCUCUCUUUCCUCCGGUUCCGUCGGCCUCUUUGCGUUCUGCCUGUUGGACAAGCUCCUGAGUUAAACCCUCGUCCACCACUGAGCAGAGAUGUUCAACAGUGCCUUCAGAUCCUUCCUCUGCGCUCCUCCUGUUUUUCCAGACACGAUUUUCAGUCGGGUUUACAAAAUAAAAACAGAUGUUUUUUGUAGACUGUGAAA